GGUGAAAAUUCCUUCCUGCAGGCCACCGUAGCGAAGCUGGGCCCGCUGCCGAGGAUUCUGGGAGACAUCUCUCGCUGCCUGGCGGCGCCCACGCCGGUCCAGCAGCAGCUACGACGCUUCCAGGAGCACAACUCGGCGCACAACAUCAGCGGCAGCCUGUCGUCAGGGUUACAGCGGAUCUUUGAGGACCCCGCCGACAGCCGCAGCGACGCCCGCAGCCUGCAGUCCCAGGAGCUGAUGGAGGGUUACGGUCGAGGUCAGCGCCCCCUGCUGGCAAAGCAGCAUCCCUCCACCCACACCAGCUUCUCAGACCACGAGGAGCGGGACAGCCCGCUGCCCAACGGACGCAGCAUCUCCAUGGUGGACCUGCAGGACGCCCAGAGUCUGCACGGCCCCCCAGGACCGCCGCCGCACCAUGAGGCCCCGCCCCGACUCAGCAGAGUGGGCUCGCAGGCCUCCAUCGGACACGCCCCGCCCCCCCCUCUUAACUUUCCCCACUCCAACCCUCUCACCCCCCAGCUGCCGCCCCACCAGACCAAAGCCCCGCCCAGAGACGCUCAGCCGCAGAGCGCGCCGCAGGUGAGGCGGCCGCUGCACCCGGCGCUCAGCCAGCAGCGCAGCCUGCAGCCGCUCUCCUUCCAGAACCCGGUCUACCACCUGAGUAACCCCGCCCACAGCCUGUCCACACGCUCCGCCCACUCGCUGCACCGCGACUCCAGCUCGGAGAACCUGAGCACCGAGAGCUCCCACAACAGCCACAGCAACUCCGACGACUUCGGCAGCCAGGUGGGCGUCAAAGGCCGCGUGGCGUCCAACAGCAGCCUGGACGAGCUGGGCAGCAGGCGGAGCACGCAGAGCGAGGAGUGUUCCACGCCACGCCGACACGCACCGCCGGACCUCCCACCUGGUGCUGCCACAGCCGUCGCCAUCCCCCGUCAGAGCACGACGGCGGGCACCGCCCACAUCGUCAAGGUUGAGCAGCAGAGCAGGGCAGGGGGCGGAGCCAGGACGCCACGCUCAAUUCCUCAAACCUCGUCGCUUCGUAGCAGCAGCAGCGCCAACACCGAGCCGACGCCCGCCACAGGCCAGGCCAACCGCCAGCAGACCCCCUCCUCUGCGGAGAACGUGGCGCCGCCCAUGAGGAGCGCCACCAAGCAGGCACAGCAGGUGGUGUCUCCGGUGGAGACGGUGGCGGUGGCGAUGUCGCCAGUGGAGAGGACGGCGGCCUGGGUGCUCAACAACGGACAGUACGAGGAGGAGGAGGAGGGAGGAGAGAAGAGCAGAGAGGAGGGCAAGAACACGGAGAAGUACGAGCUGGAGAUCUCCCGUCUGAAGGAGCGUCUGCGGGUGUCGGGGCGUCGUCUGGAGGAGUACGAGCGGCGGCUGCUGACUCAGGAGCAGCAGAUGCAGAAGCUCCUGCAGGAGUACAAGAACCGCCUGGAGGACAGCGAGGAGCGUCUGAGGAGGCAGCAGGAGGAGAAGGACAGCCAGAUGAAGAGCAUCAUCUGCAGGCUGAUGGCGGUGGAGGAGGAGCUUAAGAGGGACCACGCGGAGAUGCAGGCGGUGAUCGAAGCCAAGCAGAAGAUCAUCGACGCUCAGGAGAAGCGGAUCUGCUCCCUGGACGCGGCGAACUCCCGGCUGAUGUUGGCGCUGGCGCAGGUGAAGGAGCGCUACAGCACGCCGAACCUCCGCAACGGCCUGUCACCCACCAACCCCACCAAACUGUCCAUCACUGAGAACGGCGAGUUCAAGAACAGCAGCUGCUGAUUGGUCCGGGCGGGACACGAGGAGGCGGAGUUUAAAUAGUCUGAAUUUAAAGAGUCUAUAAAUACGAGUGUAAAUAGUGUGUGUGUGUGUGUGUGUGUGUGUGUGUGUGUGUGUGUGUGUGUGUGUGUGUGUGUGUGUGUGUGUGUGUGUGUGUGUGUGUGUGUGUGUGUGUGUGUGUGUGUGUGUGUGUGUGUGUGUGUGUGUGUGUGUGUGUGUGUGUGUGUCACAGAAGCACAGUGAGGAAGAAACGAACCAAAAACUCAAAACGCACUCGACUUUUUCUAAAUGACUUUUUUUAUGUUUUUUGUUUUUUUCUCCUCGAGUGGAUUUUUAUUUUGUUUUAUUUCAGAGUGGAUUUCUUCUUCUUUUAUUUGACCUGACGAGCUGUUGUUGUUGUUGUUGUUGUGUUCUGAGGUUUUUAAUUUAUUCCUCCACGUCGCCCCCUUGUUGCUCAUCUACUGUACUGACUCCUGUAGGGUCAGGGUCAAAGGUCACACCUGUCUGCUGUCCACAUGUGGAGAAUAAAAGCUGCCUGAAAGCCUGAGCGUUGCUUCUCUUUUGUCGUCUCCAUGGAAACAAAAAAUGUGAGAAUCAAGAUUCAAAUGAAUAAAUAAAAAAUAAAAUGAU